AACUCACUUCCGGUUAGUGUAGCUCACAGUCGGUCCUGGCGGCGCUUAAAUUGGAAGCCCGCGGGUCAAUUUUUUUAAAGAUUCUGUUUGGUGUGAUCCGAUUGGUAUCGGAGCCAUCAGAACCGCAGCCAUGACGGUGGGAAAAAGCAGCAAGAUGCUGCAGCACAUCGACUACAGGAUGCGCUGUAUCCUGCAGGAUGGCCGCAUAUUCAUCGGAACCUUCAAGGCCUUCGACAAACACAUGAAUCUCAUCUUGUGCGAUUGUGAUGAGUUCAGGAAGAUCAAGCCGAAAAACUCAAAGCAGCCAGAGCGUGAAGAGAAGCGAGUUCUUGGCCUGGUGCUUCUCAGAGGGGAAAACUUGGUGUCAAUGACUGUUGAGGGUCCCCCCCCUAAAGAUACUGGCAUCGCUAGAGUGCCUCUGGCUGGUGUGGCAGGGGGACCAGGCGUGGGCCGUGCGGCAGGCAGAGGUGUCCCUGCUGGGGCUCCUAUGGCUCAGGCGCCUGCAGGGCUGGCUGGGCCUGUCAGAGGAGUUGGAGGUCCUUCGCAGCAGGUGAUGACACCACAGGGCAGAGGAACUGUAGCAGCUGCAGCGGCUGGGGCCAGCAUUGCUGCCGCACCUACACAGUACCCACAAGGGAGGGGAGGGCCUCCACCACCCAUGGGCAGAGGAGCACCCCCUCCAGGUAUGAUGGGACCCCCUCCAGGCAUGAGGCCCCCGAUGGGACCACCGAUGGGAAUGCCCCCUGGCCGUGGUGCCCCUAUGGGAAUGCCCCCCCCAGGAAUGAGGCCACCACCCCCUGGUAUGAGAGGUCCUCCUCCCCCUGGGAUGCGUCCCCCCAGGCCCUGAGUGACCCCAUCCCCUUUGGCCCUCUGAAGUUUGACCAGAACACGUUGGAAUUUGGCUUGCCCCACAUCAAGCUGUUGUAUAGUUCUGUUUUGUAUUUUUUAAAUAAAUGUCUUUUGGACAAUA